AUGGCCGGGCGCGGCGCGGCGCGGCGCGCAGCGCUCGCCUCCCGGGUGCUGGCCCUGUGGCUGCCUGGCGCGGCCCUCGCCGAGGGGCCGCUCGAGCCGCUGCUGGCGGAGGCGCGCGCGAGGGUGCCCUCCGCGUCCGACGCGGGCUGCGAGCUCGGCCGAGGCCCCAAUUUCUUCCUCACCCGCACCUCGCGCUCGGAGCCGAGGCUCGUCUCGCUAGAGUACGCCGUCAUCGAGUCCGUGCUGUUCAACCACCCCCUGGCCACGGUGUUUGUGCUGGCGACCGCCCUGGAGCAGGGUGCGUUCGACACCUACCUGCGAGAAGGGUACUGCGUCGUGCUCGCCCCCAUCAGCUUCGAGUUCCUCCGGGAUGCCGUGGCGGCCGCGGAGCCGGGGCUCAAGGUCGCCAGGCUGUCUUGGGCGGAGAUGCUGUUGCGGUCCUGGCUGGCGCACGCAGAAGGCUCUGUGGAUGCGACCGGCGCGGCGACGCGGCUUUACAAGGAGUAUGUCCAGCGGCGGUCCCGCGCCCCGUCCGCCAUCGAGGCUUCAGGCUGCGAGGCGGUGGUCUUGCCAGCAUGGGUCGUUGUGGAGCCGCAUUUCCCCGACGGCUUCAGGGCGCACCGGGAUCGGCCGGACUGGUGGCUCGUGCGCUCCCUGAAGCUGUGGCUGCCCCUGGACUACGGGCCCCCCUCGGCCCGCAACGUCCUGCCCCGCAGUGUCGUGGACCUGGCGGUGAGGCUCCUCAGCGUGCGGCUGGCCCCGUACACUGUCGGGCCCAUGGAGUUCGGGCCGGCACCUGCGGCUCAUAACACGCGGACGUGGCGAACGCCCUUGGACGUUUCGGCUGCUCUUGACAACUCCAUGGCCCAGUCGUUGGGCCUUGGCGACCACAAGCCAGCCACGCCAGAGGUUGCCCUGCCUGGCGAGGUUGGAGGCUUCCGGACCUUCCGGGACAUCCGAGUUGUUGGUCGUGGCGGUUGUCCUCCGGACGCGGCGCGGACUGACAUCCGCGUGGUGCUGCAGGUGGAGCGCGGCGACACGAGCUUCUACUGCCGCUCCCAGGGCAGGCCGCAGGCCGUCGCGGCAGGAAGCCCGGAGAGCUCGGCCGCCCUGGCGGCGUGCAGGCGAGCGCUGCAGGGCUCGCGCUUCGAGCUCACGGGCUCCCCUGCACUGGUCAACGCCGCCCUCUCGCUGCUCGCGUACUGGCCCGCCCCUGGCCUCGGCCGGGCGCCGCGGCCCCGCGGCGCCGAGGCCCAGAAGGUGGACGCGCGCCUGACCGACGCCGAGCUGAGCGCCCACUUCGGCAUCCUCCGGCUCGCCCUGCACGACAGCUGCCUGGGGCGGCUGGGCGAAGCGACCGCGGCGCACGCCGACGCCGUGGUGCUGCACGCGCUCGUGGACGACGUGGAGGAGCAGGUGACAGUCGUCGCCCACUCGGCGUCGAGGUGCGACCUGCUGAGCCGUCUGGCCCUCUCCUUCCGGGCGGUCUACAACCGCUUGCCGGUGAUGGUGUCCUGCGAGUGCCCCGAGGAAGCGGGAGAGUCUUGCGCGCAGCCGAGGCAGCGCGCCCACGCCGAAGUUGCGUACACGGUGGUUGUGGACGUGCCUUUCGAUUUCGGCCUCUCUCGGGGCAAGCGGCUACUCGUUCAGCUUGCAUCGACAGAGUUCAUAUUGGUCUUGGACGACGACUUCGUCCACUCGCCUCUCUCGUGCAUCGAGUGCAUGGUCUGGCACAUGCGGAGCCGCUUUCACGCGUAUCCGUUGCCGUUCGACCUCCUGGGGUUCCCGAUCCUGGAGGACGAGCGUAACUUUGGCGCGUUCCGCGGCCGCCUCCGCGCGGGCUCCGGGCGAUUGUUUCUCGAGCCUCUUGUGUCCGAGGCCUCUUUGGAUGGAUGCGUUCGCGUCGGGAUACACCCGAUGGCUUUCCUUGCCCGCACAGAAAGAAUGCGCAUGUUCGAGUUCCAGGAUCAGUUGCGGGUUGGGGAGCACGAGCAGUUCUUCUACGCCAACAGAUACUUCGGGCUCCAGGCGGCCGUGUGCUUCGACUCCACGUUCCCACACUUCCGUGUGCCGAUGACAACGGAGUACAAGCAUCGCCGAGAGCGAAUGCAAGAGUUGAUGACGAGCGAGUUUCAAAAGAUAGGGUUCCCAGGUAUGAUGUAUCUUUUGCACAAGUACGACGCCCUCUGCGGUGACGACCACGAGUUCAUUGAGAAAGAUGUCGCACCCUGGCAUAUAUCCCACGACACCUGUGGACCAAGACCCAACCCUCCGAAUGAUUUCGCGAUGCUCUUCGCGGCUGUGUUCUCCUCCCCUGAUGUGCGGGGCGCCCAGUUCCGCCACCUUCUCCGCGACGGCUCGAACGCCUGGCUGUCCCGGCUCUCACUGACAUCCAACUUCCGCAGGGCAUUCUUCAUCGAAGAGACACAUCCUACGGUGCCGGGGAUCGUGUCCGAAGAGGAGGAGUUCGGCGACAUCGUCUUCAUGCCCGCGCCGACCGCGGAGGAGGCGGCGGGAGGGGGGCGCCGAGCGGGCUCGCCUUCGGCCUCGCAGCUGCGGUUCGCCCUGGUGUUCCUGCGGGACUUCCAGUACCUGUGGCUCCUCGUCGCGCAGCAGGACUCGUUCGUCCACCUGGAGCCCCUGUACCAGAUGCUGGCCACACAGGAACGCGCGGCGCGCACGGUGCUGGGCGGGUGGCAGCCCCCCCCAGGCUCCACGACUGCCUCGGCGCUGUGGCUGCCUCCCGAGUUCUUCGCGGUCACCAGGGAUGUCCACCACUUGCUGGCGUCGCACAGGGUGUCCCCGUGGCUGAGGACCGACCUGAAGGGCGGUGACGCGGCCGCGGCUCUCAACGCCUGGCUGGCGCCCCUCACGGUCGAGCGCGCGCUGCUCCCCGGCGUCUACCGCGGGCGGCGCCCCGGGGAGUGCCCCGCCGACGCCGCGGUGCUCCACCCGGUGGAGCCGCUGGAGCUGCUGCGGCUCAGCGACGCCGCGGCCUCCGGGGAGUUCUUCCCCUGCGAGGCCCUGGCCCCGAACGCCACCUCGCCGCGCGGGCGCGGACCCGCGGGGUGAUCGCGUCGGCCGCCGCCGCUCUGGAUCCGCC